AUGUACCCUAACCAUUUCCCCGGCGGCCACCGCCCUCCAGGCUGUCCUCCUCCAUCAACCGUCCCAAACCCUAACGCGUUCUUCCAAGCAGCUCACAACUUCCAUCCCCCACCAAACCCUUCCUGGCCUUUCCCGUUUCAAAACUACCCCUCUUUCCCUCCUCCGCCGCAAAACCCCUAUGCCUUCCCUCCUCCCCCGACAAACCCUCCCGGCUGUGAUCCUCCAUCGCAAAACCAUCCCGCUUUUACUCCACGGCCGCUAAACCCCUCUGGCCCCGCUCCCCCACCGCAAAACCUGCCUGUUUCCGCUCCCCGGCCGCAAAACCAGCAUGCCUCUGCUCCUCUUCAGCAAAAUCCCAAACAGGCUAUCGCCAUGGCUGAAAAUGCUUCCUCCAAGGCCUGCCGUGAUAUUCUCGCUGCCGGAGACUCUGUUUCGGCAUGGAAAGUGUCUCAGAAAGCUCUCUUGACACUGCAAGUUGAUUCUUUGAAUUCUCUGGGCAUUAAAAUGCAGCAGGUUCCCACACUUCACCGCCUUAUGCUCACUGAAGGAAAGGUCAAUGCUUUUAUCCAUUGCUUUGUUGGGGUUCGGAGGAUCACUUCUUUGUAUGAUUUGGAAGUGGCACUUUGCAAUAACGAGGGUGUUGGUAGCUUUGAAGAGCUUGGAUUAGGGCCUUUGUUGCGCCACCCUUUAGUUAUUCAUUAUUUCUCCAUUCGUUCCGAUGUGACUCAAGUGUUUAAGAUAACUAGUGAGGAGAUAAUUCAGUUUCUAAGCAAAUUUUUAGACGCUUCUAAAGCUAAAGCAGUCAUCGGAAUCGAAGAGUUUCUCGAGUUUAUUGCCACAAAGCGAUCGGUUGAGCGCAGGGAAUUGCUUGGGAUUCGAAUUCAGAACUUGGGAAUGCACAUAACUGCCAUAAGAGAAGCUAAAAAAGCAGAGGAAUCUACACUAGAGAAAUGCUUGAAGACAUUAAGAUCAAAAAGUGACAAGUUUAGGAAUUGUCUUAUUUCUUCUUCUCAGAAAAAGCAGUUAGAUGAACGUUUUAGCACCAUUGCUCAGCGUGUAGAGUCAUUUUCUUCUGUUGAAAAAUCUUUUCGCGGCAAGCAUGUUAGAUUCACAUCGUCAAGCUCAGAAGAUGAAGUUGGUGAUUAUUCUUCAGAUAACGAUCAGAAUGAUAAUAUUAUUAUGAGCAGUUGGUCAAAUCCUUCAUCAAAAUUUGGCAAAAGUUCAGAACGAAUGAGUAGCUGUCCCUACCCAUCUGCAACCGAAGAGAUGGCACGCCUUGUGGUGAAGGGUGAUAAGCAGGGAGACUCCCUUUCUAAUAGCAGCCUUAGAAAGGGAUUUAGUGAGCCCCCUAGUAAAAAAAGAAAAACUGAAAAUGUUACUUCUUCCAAAUCUCCACCUUUUAAGUUUUUUAACAAGUAUAAAAAAGUUGAUCCAACCCCAAUAGUAAAUGUUAACACAACCAAGAUGUUUGUCACAACCUGGAAGGAAGCGUGUUUGGAGCACAAGGUUGCUGAGGUUUUGGAGAGGAUGCUUCAAUUCUAUGGAGUAAAACCUCGGGAAAAGAACAAAAUCCGAAUGUUGUUAAUGUCAUACCCCUUAGUUGGGUUAUUAAAUACUGCUGUUUCUGCUAUCAAAUCUGGAAUGUGGAAUAGCAUCUAUGAUACCUUCCAAGUCUUCAACCAUAGCGAACUAACUAACUCACCGACCAAAAGUUCUGAAUACGAGACCUUAGAUAUUGAACCCAGCCUUGAAAAUGUACCUCUGGUAGCAAAGGAUAGUGCAGAGAAUACAAAAUGCAUUUCUGCUGAAGAUGUCGUCAGAAAAAUUGGAAUGUAUUUUGACCUUGAUAAUGAAUUUGGUGUGAAGAACUUCAACUCUCUUGGUCAUGGGGAUCUCUUAUCAUUUCUUGAGAAGAGCGUUGACCAGUUGCCUCGAGAGCUGCUCAAAUUAUUAGGCGGUGGCAUGUGCGAGAAUUCCUCUUUCAAGGCCUGCAUGUCCUCAAAUGAGUUGGUUGCUCUACUCUCUCAGGCUAUUAGUAGUUUGUGGGAGAAUGAAACAGUAACCAAGCAGAUUAUUUCCAUGCUGCUUAUGAGGCAGUUUCCUUCAAUUGGUUUUGAAUUUGUGGAAAGUGGGUCUCUUGAGGAUCUUCUGGAUACCGUUCGAGAGCAUAAAUCUAACGUGACUUCGAAUUGCGUUGUAUUUUCUGCAACCAUGUUUGAAGAGCACUAUCACAUAGACUCCUCAAGUGACGGAGAUAACAAUUGGUCCGGAAUCACCACUGAUAGUUCUGAAAUGGCCCAUAAAACAAAAAGCUCUGAAACUAUUACAGCAAAAAAUGCAAUUGAAGUAUUACUUAAGUCACCAAUGUUGUCUGACUUGAGCAAGUGGUCUCAUUGGGAUCUUAUGUUUGCACCCUCCCUUGGCUCGCUAGUAUCAUGGUUGUUGAAUGACGUAAAUACCGAAGAAUUAUUGUGUUUGGUUACCAGAGAUGGAAAGGUGAUACGGAUAGAUCACUCUGCAACCUUGAAAUCUUUCCUUGAGGCUGCAGUUCAAGGAUCCUCUUUCCAAACUGCAGUGAGUUUACUGUCUUUGAUCUCACUAUUUGGAGGGAAAAGAAAAGUUCCACUGUCACUUCUAAAACGCGACUCUUGCAGUGCAUUUGAAGUCCUGUUCAGAAACUUUGUGGAAGAUAUUGAAGUUGGUGAUGAUAGAAAUGCUUUCCAGUCUGGGGAAGCUUUAUGUAAAACAAAAAUAUUAGCUGAAGUUUCAACUACUAAAAUGAGUGGUGAGUUUAGCAAGCACUUACUUAAAGUGAAUAAGGCAGUAUCACUUAUGUCCAAGUUUGUCCUUGAUUGUCUUGGUUAUCUACCCGCCGAAUUUCAUAGCUUUGCUGCUGACAUGUUGCUCUCUGGGAUGCGAUCUGUUUUCAAGGAUGCUGCUGCAGCUAUUUUAUGUGAAUGCAGCAACAUGGAGCAGCAUCUCAUGCUUCAUGAAAUAGGGUUGUCUCUGGGUAUUACUGAGUGGAUUAAUGAUUACAAUGCAUUUAUUUUGAACAGCACUUUUGAUCAGUUUUGUGCUCAUGUUUCAUGCUUAAAAGAUGGCAAAACUAAAAUAAGCACAGGACUGAAGCAUGACCAAGAAUUCUUGGAUAAGUCUCUUGUGCCUGAAGUGGAUAUGGUUACAUCACUCAUGCUCGGUGAGCUCAAUGAAAGGUGUACUGAAAUUAGUCAAACAGUUGAUGCAGAAAAAUCUGUUGACAAAUCUAUGACUAGUCACGUAGAAGAUUCACUUAAAAGUGGCAAAGAUAUUGAUUCUAUUUUGGUCAUUGAAUCUAUUAGGCAGGAUGAGUUUGGCCUAGAUCCUAGUCUUUCUGAAACUGACAGUUGUAUGUUGAAGAAGCAGCAUGCUAGGUUAGGGAGAGCAUUGCAUUGUCUUUCACAAGAGCUUUAUUCUCAAGAUUCACAUUUUAUCCUUGAAUUGGUUCAAAAUGCAGAUGAUAAUAAUUAUUCCGAAAGUGUGGAGCCAACUCUUGCUUUCAUUCUUCAAAAUUCUGGUAUUGCUGUAUUGAAUAAUGAGCGAGGAUUCUCUGCUCAAAAUAUGAGAGCACUUUGUGAUGUUGGAAAUUCAACCAAGAAGGGGUCCAAUACUGGAUACAUAGGGAAGAAAGGCAUUGGCUUCAAGUCUGUUUUCCGUGUCACAGAUGCUCCUGAGAUUCAUUCCAAUGGUUUUCACGUUAAAUUUGACAUUAGUGAAGGCCAGAUUGGUUUUGUUUUGCCCACAUUAGUUCCUCCGUGUAAUAUUGAGGUGCUCGGGAAGAUGGCAUUUACUGGCACUGAUUCAUAUGGUGAUAAUCCCUGGAAUACAUGCAUUCUACUUCCAUUCAGAUCUCAUCUAUCAGAAGGAACUGUCAUAAAUAGUAUUAUGACUAUGUUUUCAGAUCUUCAUCCUUCAUUGUUACUAUUCCUUCACCGGCUUAAGUGUAUCAAGUUGAGAAAUUUGCUUAAUGAUACACUUAUUGUUAUGAAAAAAGAAAUUUCAGAAGAUGGUAUCAUCAAGGUUUCUCACGGGAAAGAGAAAAUGGCAUGGUUUGUAGUAUCUCAAAAGUUGCAGACAAAUUCCAUCCGCUUUGACGUGCAAACAACUGAAAUAUCUAUGGCGUUUACACUGCAGGAAUUGGAUGAUGGUUACAGUCCCUGCUUAAACCAGCAGCCAGUUUUUGCUUUCCUUCCUUUAAGAACAUAUGGCCUGAAAUUUAUUCUUCAAGGUGAUUUUGUUCUUCCCUCAUCCAGAGAGGAAGUUGAUGGAGAUAGCCCAUGGAACCAAUGGUUGUUGUCAGAGUAUCCUAAUUUGUUUGUCAGAGCAGUGAGAGAGUUUUGCGAGCUUCCCUGUUUUAAGAGUGAGCCUGGAAAGGGAUUGUCUGCUUUCAUGAGCUUCAUUCCUUUAGUUGGGGAAGUGCAUGGUUUUUUCUCCACUCUCCCUCGUUUGAUUAUUUCAAAAUUACGCAUGAUGAAUUGCUUACUUGUGGAGGGUGACAUCAAUGGAUGGGCCCCUCCAUGCAAGGUAUUGAGAGGUUGGACUGAACAGGUCCGCUGUCUUCUUCCUGAUAAUGUACUUUUUGAACACCUAGGGCUCAGAUACUUGGAUAGAAAUGUACUAUUGUCUGAUGCAUUAGCAAGAGCACUUGGCGUUGAAGAGUUUGGGCCUUUAGUACUUGUUAGAGUAAUGUCAUCUUUGUGUUACGCAAAGAAUGGGCUGAUAUCAAUGAAUAUGAGUUGGUUGGCGUCUUGUCUAAAUACACUCUAUGUGUUGAUGUUUGAUUCAUCUGGCACAAUGUCAAUCAAUUUUGAAGUAAAAGAUGAUAUUCUAAAACGCCUUAAAAAAACACCGUUCAUUCCACUUUCAGAUGGUGCAUAUGGUUCCGUGGAUGAAGGAACUAUAUGGUUGCAGUCCAAUACUUUUAACACAGGAUUUGAUGGCGAGCAUAAAAUGGAAGCUUUCCCUAAUAUAUGUGCUAGACUACGGACUGUAAGUCCUUCCCUUCUUUCCGCAGCUUCUGGUACUUCAAGCUUGAAUGUCACUCCUUUGGAUAAUGUUACUCGGUUACUCGAGACUAUUGGUGUUCAACAAUUGUCUGCACAUGAUGUUGUGAAGUUGCAUAUUUUACCUGUGUUAUCUGAUGAAACAAUGGCAAGCAAGAACAAAAUGUUGAUGAUUGAAUAUAUAUGUUUUGUAAUGCUGCACCUGAAAUCUACUUGUUCUGAUUGUUUCAUUGAAAGGGAGCAUAUCAUCUCAGAAUUGCAAAGUAACUCUUUAUUAUUGACAGAUUGUGGUUUUAAAUGUCCUGCUAAGGUGCCAAUUCAUUUCUGUACUGGAUUUGGGAAUCCUGUCACUGCAAAAAAGUUGGCUGAUGCUGUGAAUAUGAGGUGGUAUGAAGUUGACAUCAGCUAUCUAAAGCACCCAGUAAAUGAGUCGGUUUCAUCUUCACUAGUCAAGUGGAGGGAAUUUUUUGAGGAAAUUGGGAUCACUGAUUUUGCUCAAAUAGUUCAGGUGGAGAAGAGUGUUGUUAACAUAUGUGAUGCCACUUUUAAGCAGGAGAUGUGGGACAUGGGUCUAAUAUCUGCUGAAUCAAUGGUCAAAGAUUGGGAGUCCCCAGAAAUAGUGCAAUUAGUAUCAUUAUUGUCUAACAGUGGCGAUCGAGAAAAUUGUAAGUACCUCUUGGAGGUUCUUGAUACAUUAUGGGAUGCUUGCUAUGGUGAUAAAGCUAGAAGUUAUUUUGUCUCUAAAUCUGUUGGAGAUGGCCACCCCUUUAAGUCUACUUUUAUAUCUAACUUAUGUGAUAUUCGAUGGGUGGUAUCAACCAUGGAUGAUGAGCUACACUAUCCUAAAGAUUUAUUUUAUGAUUGUGAAGCAGUCCGGCUGAUCCUUGGAGCUUUUGCGCCAUAUGCUGUUCCAAAGGUGAAAAGUGAAAGAUUGGUGAACGAGAUUGGGUUAAAGACUAGAGUUACUCUUGGUGACAUUUUGAAUAUUUUUGAAGCCUGGAGAAAAUCAUCGAAGACUUCAUUCAAAGCCAGCAUAAGCCAAAUGUCUAAAUUUUACACAUUCAUUUGGAAGGAAACGGAAGCUCCAAAGCAGAAAACCCUGCAAGAUUUGAUGGCUGGGCCUUUUAUUUUUGUCCCUAACUCUGCUGUUCAUAGUCAUGAUGAUGAUGUUUUCGGGACGUUGGUGCAUCCCAAUGAAGUCUAUUGGCAUGAUCCAAUUGGUUCUGUUCAGAAGAUGGAGGAGUUUGAUACCCAAAGCAGCUCAUCCUACUCACCAAUUAACAAGUCACUGCGCAAUAUUUAUCCUGACCUUCGUGGUUUCUUUGUUGACGAGUGUGGGGUCCAAGAGGCACCUCCUCUACACAGCUAUAUUCAAAUUUUGCUGCAGUUAUCAGCCGUCACUUUGCCUUCACAAGCAGCAGAUAAAAUUUUCCAAGUUUUCCUCGUGUGGGCAAAGGGACUAGAAUCUGGUUUGUUAAAUGUUGAGGAUGUCAUGUAUCUGAAAGACUGUCUUUCAAAAUUAGAAUUUCCCGUGCUUCCCACUGUGCAAGAUAAGUGGGUUUCGCUACAUCCUUCCUUUGGUCUUAUCUGCUGGUGUGAUGAUAAGGAGUUGAAAGAAGAUUUUAAGCAUUCAGAUAACCUUGACUUUCUUUAUUUCGGUGAAGUAACCGAGGACAAUAAAGAAACUGCGCUUAAAAAAAUUUCUUUCCUUAUGAAAAAUUUAGGUAUUCCAGCUAUCUCAGAGGUGGUAACUCGUGAGGCAAUAUAUUAUGGUCUAUCUGAUUGUAGAUUUAAAGAAUCAUUGAUCAAUAUUACUCUUCCAUAUGCUCAGCGCUACAUUUACAAAUCUCAUAAAGAUAAAUAUAUUCAACUUAAGCAGUCUGGUUUUGGUAUUUUGAACGAUCUUAAAGUCAUCGUUGUUGAGAAGCUGUUCUACCGAAAUGUUAUAAAGGGCUGUGACAGUGUUUCAAACAAGCGGGUUGAAUGUAGUUGUCUUCUCCAGGGAAACAUUUUGUACACCAUUCAAGAAGCAGACCAUCUUUCCUUGUUUAUGGAGCUUUCCAAUUUAUUGCUUGAUGGGAUUGAUGGGGAUUAUAAAAUUCACAUGGCAAAUUUCCUUCAUACAAUAACAAACAGUUCAGAAUCUGAGUCCCGUGAGAAAAUGUUGAAUAGCCAAAAGGUGCCUAAGCUUCCUGAUGAAGAACCUGUUUGGGCACUAUCUACCGUGUCUUCAAUGUUAGAGGAUGAAAUAUCACUCUCUUCAGAUAAUGUUUCACCAUCGAAUGAACAACAGACAUUGCCGUUGCCUAAAAGGAAGAGCGGAAUAUCCUCAAAAUGGCCACCUGCUGAUUGGAAAAAUGCACCAGAUUUCAAUUAUGCCCGUGCCAAUGGAUUCAAGACCCAACCUGCCCUGAUUAGUAGUGUUUCUGAAGUGAAAAAUGAUUAUAAUUUUGAAGGUGUUAGUGCUCCAACUGUUUGUUAUGAACAUGGAUCAGUUUCUGUUGACCGGAAUGUCAUAGAUGAUCUACAAACAAAUUCAGCGUCCUUAGCAUUGCAUGAAACUGAAAACUAUAAAAAUCAAUCCUACCAUGGUUUUGAGCCGACUAGUUUUCACCAUAUCGAAUUUGAUCCUGCUAGUUUGGGUGAUGAUAUGGAUGAAUCCCGAGUUAAAGCUCACUUGGGUUCCCCAGCUUUUAGCAUGAGAGACCGGCUUCAAACUGGUACAUAUGACGCAGGCCAAGCAAAUGCAACCGGAAGAUUAGGCGAGUUACUUGCAUACAAAUACUUCACUGGUAAAGACGGCAACACUACUGUAAGUUGGGUUAAUGAAGUUAAUGAAACAGGACUUCCGUUUGAUUUAAUCAUUGGAGGAGGUGCCAAUAAAGAGUAUAUCGAAGUUAAAGCAACUAGGUCUCCAAGAAAAGACUGGUUCCACAUCUCAACGAGAGAAUGGCAGUUUGCAGUUGAGAAAGGAGAAUCUUUUAGCAUUGCAUUUGUUGCAAUAACAGGAAAUAACAAUGCACAGGUUGCUGUAUUCAAAGAUCCAGUAAGGUUGUGUCAGCAAGGUGGACUGCAACUGGUUGUUAUGAUGUCGAAACAACAGAGACAGUUACCUGUUGUCCCAUAG